AUGGCCACGACUGAAUUUGACCCCGACUGCGAAGUCAAAGGCACCGCCUUCACAAAGAAGAACUAUCGCGACGUGUACCCUGCCGUCGAUCCCACUCGCCCGGACUUAUCUCAAGAGGGAAAAGUUGUUAUUAUCACUGGAGCCAGUCGUGGAAUAGGACAAUUAGGCUUCGCCGUAUCCUUCGCCCGCGCCAAUGCCGCCGCCCUAAUUCUCCUCGGCCGAUCGAGCGAGGGUCUAGUCGAGACAGAGAGACUAGUCAAAGAGAUAAACCCAGCUACGAAGGUUUUGUCAAUCCCAGUCGACGUCACGGACGAGGCCGGCAUGAAUAAAGCCUUCGACACAGCCGUGGAGAAAUUAGGCGUGCCAAAUGUGCUCGUAAACAAUGCAGGAGCACUAGUGAAACUCGACACGAUCGUCAACACCGACGUGGAAUCCUGGUGGAAGACCCAGGAAACCAACGUCAAAGGAACACUCAUCGCAACGAAAGCCUUCUUAAAGCACGCAGGAGAUACUCCAUCGGCACCUACGACUAUCAUCAAUCUGAUCUCAAUGGCAGCUCAGGGUACUGCGCCCGGAAUGAGCUCGUAUUCCCCUGCAAAACUGGCCGUAUCUAAAUUCACGCAAUUUUUGGCCAUGGAGCAUCCGACCAUCACAUCUGUUAAUCUGGACCCGGGUGUCGUGGCGACUGAUAUGGCAUACAGUGUCCCCUAUCUUGAGCCUUUUAUUGGAGAUACUCCCGAACUCGCUGGCGGCACGGCCGUUUGGCUGGCCACUGGUGACAGGUCAUUUUUGUCGGGGAAGUAUGUUUCUGUCUGCUGGAAUGUUGAAGAGCUUGAGCGCCGGAGGGAGGAAAUUAAGAGCGGAAAGCUUCUUACUUUCACCCUUAAAGGAGAAUUCGGAGGUCCGGAUGUUACUGUGGAAGGGAAGUAA